CAAACACCCAUUAAGUGGGCUGAUUUGGUUGAUUUUUUGGCUGAAUUCUAUUAUUAUACAGUUAGCCAUUUAAAAGACAUAUCUAUCCCCAACUUUUUACGCUUACAUCCGGAUGCUUCUUUCCCAAUGCUCUUCUUCCCAUCUAGCCGUCUUCUUCUCCCCAAAUGUGUAUAUUCUUCGUGCUCGGCUGCUCCUGAUUCAUGUAAAUGUAAGUAUUGGUCUUCCACCCAUUAUUUGCGUUCCUUUCCAAACUUCCUUCAGACCGGCCAAAAUUUCUAUCCUUUGGGGUUUCAGUUGGUGUGUUGUCAUUCCAAGUUGGUUUGUUCUUAUGGUCUGCCAUAGGUUUUCCUUGUGUUCUGUAUGUGUUUUUAGCUCACUCGUAAUUAAAUUUCGUUGCACAAUUUAAAAUAGUUGCUGUCAAUUGUCAAUUUCGUUGCUAUUCAAAAGUGUAAUUUUUAAAUUAAUUUGAGGAUAUUGGUAAACAGAUUUUACUACCAAAGCUAAAAUACAUCAUCAUUUUCAUUUACCCCGC